AUGCCGUCCCUCAAGCGUGCGCAGGUCUCUUCCGACUCCGACGAUGUCUCCGAUCAGUCCACCAUGAGUUCUCCUCAUACGAGAAAACGGCCACGAACAUCUGACUUGUCAGAAUCCGAAGACGACGAGACCCCUCGAGAAACGUAUCUCGCCGUCAACGACGACGCGCUUCUCGACAACGAGGACGAGUUAGAACUCCGCCAAACACAGAUAAUUCAAGAUAAAUAUGCUCAUCUCAUUGAGGAGGCCAACGUGCCUGCUGAACAUGGUAUUCUGGAACGCGUCGAGUGUUACAACUUCAUGUGCCAUGACCACUUCAACGUGGAACUGGGCCCUCUGAUCAACUUCAUUGUGGGAAAGAAUGGUAGCGGCAAGAGUGCUAUUUUGACCGCCAUUACUCUAUGUCUUGGUGGAAAAGCUUCUGCCACAAACCGAGGACAAAGCCUCAAAAACUUCAUCAAAGAGGGCAAAGAGAAUGGCACAAUUAUUGUUCGCAUCAAAAACCAAGGUGAUGGUGCCUACAUGUCCGAUGAUUAUGGAAAAUCUAUCAUCGUCGAACGUCAUUUUUCCAAAAAUGGCUCUAGUGGAUUCAAGAUCAAGGCGGACAAUGGGCGCAUAGUUUCCACCAAAAAAGCCGAGUUGGACGCCAUUACAGACUAUUUCUCCUUGCAGAUCGACAAUCCUAUGAACGUGCUCUCUCAGGACAUGGCUCGUCAAUUUCUCAGCACCUCAAGUCCGGCCGAGAAAUACAAGUUCUUCGUCAAAGGUGUGCAGCUCGAACAGCUUGAUCAGGAUUAUCGGUUGAUCGAGGAAUCUGUCGACCAGAUUGAGGAGAAACUCAAAACUACGGCACAGGAUAUCCGUGUACUUGAAACCCGCAAAGAUGCAGCGAAGAAAAAGCUACAGAUCUCUGACCAGCACGAUUCCCUGAGAGCUCGUAUUAGGAACUUCCGCAGCCAAAUGGUCUGGGCUCAGGUCGAGGAGCAAGAACGAAUGCAAGCCACACUGACCGAAGAAAUUGCGAAGGCAGAUGAGCUGAUUAUUAACGCGGAAUACGAACUCGCUAGGUUUGAUGAUGCAUUCCAAGCCGUCGAGACAGAGCGUGAAACUGCUGCUGAACAUUCUUGGCGAGCUGCUACGGCAUUGGAAGAAGCUACAGGCGAAAAGGAAAAGAUCAAGGAAAAGUUGGAGGCGGAAAUGAACAGACGACAUGAUCUACAAGCCGAGCAGCGUCAGAUCAGGGAAUACCUCAGAGCAGCAGAGUCUCGAAUCCAGGAAACACAGCAAAAGGUUCACGAAGAGAAUCAGCGUCUCGCCGAUGCAAGCGGCGGAGGUUAUGCCCGAAAGCAAGAGGCGUGUGAACAGGCUGUUAACGACGCUGCUGCCGCUCAAAGAGCAUACAAUGAGCAUCGUUCGGAUGCAAACGGUCUACGAGAAGACAUCGAAUCUUCUCAAGAGGACCUUAAAGCAACUAAAGGACCCGUUGAUGCGAAGAGAAUGGAACUUGAACAGGCAGAGAACAGAUUGAAAACACUCACCCGGGACGGUGGAGCAAGGCAGUCCGGAUUUCAUCCCAAGAUGCCAGACUUGCUCAAGGCCAUUGAGCAAGAACGAUCCUUCGAAUCUCGACCUGUCGGUCCAAUCGGUCACCACGUCACACUACUACAGCCAAAAUGGUCCUCCAUCCUGGAGAGUUCGUUCGGCGGUACGCUUGGCAGUUUCAUUGUGACGUCAAAUAGAGACAUGAAUAUCUUGUCCAGGAUCAUGCGACAAGUGGGCUGUAAUUCUCCGAUAUUUAUUGGUAAUGGUGGCCAUCUGGAUACCUCAGCACAUGAACCAGAUCCUCAAUUCGAUACUGCUUUGAGAAUUCUUGAGAUUGACAACGAAUUAGUUCUGAAACAACUGAUCAUUAACCAUGGCAUUGAGCAAAUGCUGUUGAUUGAAAGGCUAGAAGAAGCUUCCUCCGUACUAUUCGAUGGUGCACGCCCAAGGAAUGUGAAACGCUGCUACUCCAUCGAUGAGAGAGAUAGACGCCGCGGAAUACAUCUGUCAUACAGCCGAGCUGGUGAACCAAGUCAAGCUCCUGUGUCGAUGUACAACAAUCCCCCGCGCAUGAAAUCAGACCUGGCUUCACAAAUCAGUCUACAACGUGAUGUUGUUGAUGACCUCAAGCACCAGCUGAACGACCUCCAACAAGAAAUGGUUGCGGCUCGCUCGCGUGUCGAUGCCUGCAAACAGGCAUAUGUGAGACAUGGGAGAAGAGAGAAAGAACUCCAAAUUGCCAUGCAACGCAAGGAAGACUAUGCUGAAGAACUCAGGGACGCCCUCGAUAAAGAAAAUGCAGAAGACGGACGCAUUGAUGCGCUUAAUUCUGCUCUGAGGGAAGCAGAAGAUGAGAAGCAACUGAAUGAAGGCUCAUACAAAGACAGCGAGGCGGCCAUGGGGACCAUUAUGCAGACACUGAAGGAAAUCAGGCGGGAAUUGUCCUCCAAGGAUUCUGAGCUUGGAACCCUUCAACAAAAAUUGCGAGUUGCCGAAAGCGAGCACACGUUGGUCAACUCCAAGAAAAGCAAGGUUCUCAGUGAUAAGAACGCCGCCAUCGCCAAUAUUGAAAAGGACAAGCAAGAAAAGGCAACUAUUCACGGCAGAAGAGAGCAGGUUGCAGCGCGCAUUAUCGAAUACAACGAGAAGGCAAGCUUGGUCUCAUCUCGAGUUUCUGUGGAUGAAGGAGAAACCCCAGAGAGUCUUGAUCGAAAGCUUGAUCGGCUGAUCCGAGACCUGGAGCGCUACAGCUCGGAGUUGGGCGCUUCUCGGGAAGAAAUUGCUGCUGAAGCAGGAAGAACUGAGGCAGCCUAUGUACGAGCUACCAAACAGUUCCAAGAACUCUCCACGUUGGCUCAGAUCUUCAAAGAUACCCUUGGUAACCGUAAAAAACGGUGGGAAAUCUUCCGGUCUCACAUCUCGUCUCGAGCCAAAGCUCAAUUCACCUACCUGCUCAGUGAGCGAAGCUUCCGUGGUCGGCUUUUGGCUGACCAUAGCGAGAAACGCUUGGAUCUACAAGUUGAGCCCGAUAUUACCAAAGAUGACAGCACUGGACGAGGUGCGAAGACACUCUCCGGUGGUGAAAAGUCAUUUUCCCAAGUGUGUCUUUUGUUGGCUCUCUGGGAAGCCAUGGGCUCCCCUAUUCGUUGCCUUGAUGAAUUCGACGUAUACAUGGACCAUAUCAAUCGGAAAAUGGCCAUUGACAUGCUUAUGAUUGCCGCCAGACGGUCUAUCGGGCGACAAUUCAUUUUGAUCACGCCUGGCACGAAGACCGAUAUCACCAUUUCCCCUGAUGUCAGAGUGAAAGAGUUGGCAGAGCCAGAACGUGGCCAGACUACUCUAUCGUUCCGACGCUAA